AUGGUGGUUCACUUCUUACUGGGGGAGAUCUCCAUGCUGACCAAGCUUCAACCACUGCACGGUCUGUUCCUGGCGUCUGUUGUGCUGCUCUGCAACACCCUGCCCACCCCAAUGGUCAUGAUCCCUGUGCGUCCAUCUGUCCACCAGCUGACCAAGCUUCAACCACUGCGCGGUCUGUUCCUGGCGUCUGUUGUGCUGCUCUGCAACACCCUGCCCACCCCAAUGGUCACGGCAGGACAAACACGGGGCUCGGACAGCAAGAGUCCUCUGAUGGUGAAAGUCCUGGAUGCCGUGAAAGGGACUUCAGCCGGAUCAGUGGCACUCCCACUCAAGGUGUCUCAGAGGACUGCUGAUGAGGGCUGGACAUAGAUCGCUACCUGGGGAGAGGUCCAUGAUCUCAUCACAGAGCAGAAAUCCCCAGCAGGCGUGUAUCGUGUUGACUUUGAUAUCAAAACUUACUGGAAGAAUGAGGGGAGCACGUCAUUCUAUGAGGUAGCUGAUUUGAGUAUAAACCGGUCAAUCAACUCCACGUCACCGCGAGGUGCUCAUUGUACAGUCUUAGUACUGGAUGGCACCCAUCUAGAGAGGGUUGCCUCUUACAAGCAACUUGGCAUCAGGGUUGAUGACAUGUUGACCUUUGAAGACCAGAUCGAAUAA